CUAACACUGUGCUCUCUGUUUGCGCUCUCUGCUCGACUGUUACGACGACUCUCAGGCUCUGCUCGUCCCGUGCAAAAAUGGCAACAACCGUAAAAUUGAACACCGGUGCACCAAUACCCAUUGUUGGACUGGGGACGUGGAAGUCUCCCCCUGGAAAGGUUACAGAGGCGGUGAAAGCAGCCAUCUCAGCAGGAUACAGACACAUCGAUGGAGCAUUUGUCUACCAGAAUGAGGCAGAGGUGGGAGAGGGUGUUCAGACCAUGAUCAAGGAUGGAGUGGUCAAGAGAGAGGAUCUGUUCAUUGUUAGCAAGCUGUGGUGCACUUUCCAUGAGAAGUCAAUGGUGAGGCAAGGCUGCGAGAAGACUCUCAGUGAUCUUAAACUGGACUAUCUAGACCUUUAUCUAAUUCACUGGCCCAUGGGUUUCAAGGCUGGCACUGAGCUCUUUCCUUUGGACAGCGCAGGAGAGACCAUCAAUGAUACUACUCACUUCCUGCAGACAUGGGAGGGGAUGGAGGAGCUGGUGGAUGCUGGUUUGGUCAAAGCUAUCGGUGUCUCCAACUUCAACAAGGAGCAGAUUGAAGCCAUCCUCAACAAGCCAGGCCUCAAAUACAAGCCUGCCAACAACCAGGUGGAGUGCCACCCUUACCUGGCCCAAGAGAAACUGAUCAACUUCUGUCACUCUCAUGGUAUCUCAGUGACAGCUUACAGCCCCCUUGGGUCCCCUGACAGACCCUGGGCUAAGCCAGAAGACCCUUCACUUUUGGAAGAUCCCAACAUUAAGGCUAUUGCUGAGAAGCACAAGAAGACAUCCGCUCAGGUACUGAUCCGCUUCCACAUCCAGAGGAACGUGAUUGUGAUUCCCAAGUCAAUCACACCUCAUCGCAUUCAGGAGAAUUUCCAGGUGUUUGACUUUGAACUAACCGAGGAGGAAAUGAAAACUAUAUUAGGAUUCAACAGGAAUUGGAGAGUCUGUCCCAUGCAAUGGAGCACGAAGCACAAGGACUAUCCAUUCAAUGCUGAAUUCUGAAAUGAAAAAUGCUGAUUUUCCACAGGAUUGCAGUGGCUGCUGGGGUUUGCUUCUCUAUGCUCUAGACUGCUUGCUUUCCUGUAGUUUGGAGUAGAUGGCCUUGCAUCCAUUUUUCAUUAUUGUUACAUGUCUCAGGAGAAAUGUUGACUGUUUUUGUUACCCAGUUCAUCUCCUUACAGUUUUACAUACACUCCAAAAACAUAUUUAUAGCCAAGUUGAAAAGCUCAAAAGAAAUGCAUAGAAAUUGAUACCAUGUUGAGUUUUGCACUCAAUUGAGACCCUUUGCACAAGGGCUUAUUUGUUUUCUGCGUGGAAAAUUAUACUUUUAGUUUGUUGUGCCACAUAGUUUUACAUGUUGUAUCGAAUGUAAUAAGGAAAACCUACAGUAAUUCUUACAGCCAAUACAACGCAAAAGUCAGUAUUUAAAUUAAAGCACAUUUUUUAUACCACAAACAUUAUAUAACCAGACAUGUAGGUGUCUUCAAAAACACUCCUUAUUUUACUAGACCAGUCGUUUCCUGUGUUGACCGCAAAAAAUAAUUCCUAUCCCAGCAUUUUUAUUUUGACAUGCCUCACAAUGAUGAAGCACUUUCCAAUAUUUGAGUCAUAUGUGGUGCUUCAUGAUAAAUCAUGUAAUAUCCCUGUUAUGAAAUACUUGCUUUCACUUCCCGUGUCAGCUGUAAAGUGUUACAAUACUGUCCUGUGGAUGAAAAUAAAGAGAAGAAAUCAAUCAGGGAAGUGCACUGUUUAUGCCUCUAAAUGCCCACUAGG